UAUUGCUGGGAGCUCAUGACGUCUGCGCGCCUUUGUCGGAGUGUAAGGUUGAAAUAGAGGAGGUGUACAACAGAUGGAUCUUUUUGGGAGCUGGCUUGCAGUCUUGUGGUAGAGGAUGAUUUCGCUUGAGACCCUGAGGGCCUGAAGGAAGUAUGGUGGUCAAGAGGGACGCGGGCCUGUCUGGCCUUGCCUGGUCGUGUAGCUGUGUGAGAGUGGUUGUGUGUCUCUUGCCUGUGUUGAAGCGCCAAAAGUCAAAUUUGGAAGCAGCAACUCAUCAGCCAGUAGCUACUUACUACUACUCACAGGCUUGUACUUACUAGCUAUCUCGUUAGCUUGUAAGAUCAACAGGCAGGCAUGGCAGCAGCAAAAGUCGCCAAGAAGGUCGCAAAAGCAGCAACAGCAGCAGCACCAACAGGCCCCAAACAGCUCCUCUCUCGACAAUACAGACCUCCAGUCUUUCAACAAACCGUUAUCCUCUCUGAUGGCGCAUCCUACCAACGCUACACCACCUCACCGAGAGAUACUUUCAGGCUCUCAAAGGAUAUCAGAAAUGCACAGUUAUGGAAUCCAAAUCUUGGGAAACGCUUGUCGAAUGAGGAAUCUGGACGCAUGGCGCGUUUUGCGAAUCGCUUUUCAGGCUUUAAUGCGAGUACGGAGGGGUCGAGCCAGAUCGGCGGUGCUGCCGAUACGGGCGAGAAGGAUGGGAAGCAAGGACAAAUGCAAGAUGAUGCCGAUGAUCUGGAUUGGAUGGUGGAUGCAAGUUCUCGAGCAGCACCCAAGAUGUCUGAUCGCGAAUUGCGGGAGUCAACAAGAAAGAAGCCGGCAAAGGGUAAGAAGUAGAGGACGAGAGUUCACUACAACGGAUGAGCAUACAUGUAUAUUGCAUAG